CGAUCGCACUCAACUCAAACCAUCUCCUCUUAGAGGAUAUCCAUGAGUAUACCAUAGACAGUCUCUCGAUUAUCAAAACGACACAGCAACCAUUCAACAUGGUCCUCAAUCAUAUCGACCCCCAAGCCAUCCCGGACGACGACAACUCCACCGUCUGCACGGCGGCCACGCCACCUGAAACCGUUGUAGCCGACCUCAUGGACGAAGACUAUGCAUUUGGCGACAUCAAGACCAACUCCUCUGUUCCUUGGCCGGGCUCCACCUUUAUCAUCCGUUCAACCUCAUCUGGCCACGUGAUCACGCUGGUCGACGGACAGAUCAUCCUGGCCCCAAUAGGCGGCCGCGGCUCCAUCCACUGGGUAUGCAUGGAGACGAAAGGCUGGCUCGGUUUCCGGAACAAAGCCUCGGGUCGCCUGUUGGGUCAUGAUGACAAGGGGAACUUGCGCUGCGCAGCCGGGCGGCAUCAAGGAUGGGAGAACUUCUGCGUUAGAUUGAGGCCGGAGGGGGGAUAUGUCCUGCUAAUGACGCAUUUUGAGAGGCUCUGGCACGUGGGUAUCAAGAAAGAGCAUGGGGUGGAGAAAUUGGCGAAGAUCGGGGAUGGGGGCAAUGAUGGGCUUGUUUGGGAGUUUGUGAAGGUCUAAUGUAUCGAGGUCCUGAUUCAAGUGCCUUCUGAGCUACGCAUGGAAGAAGAACCGACUGUAAGUAGCCCUGGAAUGUCCCAAUAUGCGCAGCAACGAAUUAGGAAGAAUUUGAACCAUC